AUGGAAGGACCGAGCACUGUGGGGUCUCCGGCUACGCCGUUCGGUCAGGCCUCCGUCGCGCCGGCGGCUCUUUCCGCCGCCGAGGCAGGCGAGGCGCUGCGGAGAGAGGAGGAGAGCGAGAUGAUGAUGGACAUGGAGAUGGCCCCUGCCUCCAGCGCGAGUCAGGAGACGGCGCCCAGCGCGCUUCUGAGCGCCCCCGGAGGCGCGUCUGCUGUCGGUGCGGCUGACCAGCUCGGCGGCGCGGUAAAUGGGAACUCCGCUGCUGCGGUUCGCGAGGCCGCGGGCACGGGCCUAGUCGAGGCAGGCGGUCUCGUCGCUCCCCCUGGAGACGCGUGCGAAGGUGAGGAGGGCGCCAUGGAGGAGGUGGAACACCCCGAGGAGACUCAGCAAGGCGGACAGAGGAUGGACGCGGCCGCAGGCGGCGAGGGCGGCGCGCCGGAUGCGCAGGUGGGCAGCCUCGGCGGCGUCGGAGCGGCUGCGAGGCAGGAGGGGGAGCAGGCGAGGGAGGGCGCGGGGCUGGGCGACCGGCGCGACGAGGUGACGGAGAGCCAAGGCGGGGAGCGGAGAAACGAGGAGGAGCUCGCGGCGGCGGGCGGGCAGCAGGGCGCCGGGGUUCCGCAGCAGCUGCCGAGCGAGUCUAAGAAGCGCGAAGAGGCAGACACGGGGACGAAGGCGAAUUUCGCGGCGAGCGGCCUGGAGGCGGAGGAGGAGGUCGACGCGGAAGUCGCCGCGCGUGCGGUGGAAGCGGUGGACAUCGCGGUCGCGGCGGGCGCGGUCAAUUUGCGGGCGGGGUCGGGGCGCGCGCCGUCGAUUCCGGCUGCGUCUGCGCAUCCGCACCCGAGUGCGGCGACGAUGAAAGAUAUUUUCGCAGGCGCAGGCGGCGGCUCCGGGGGGGAGGGCUACUUUGCGCAGGGCGCGAAUGCUGCGGCGGGAGGCGGAGGUGGCUCUUCUUCCGCGGGUCGGGGCGGCAUUAGCAAGGAGAAGAGCGGCGGUGCGCGGAAGAAGACGAGUCCGCCGACGCCGAACGACGUCUGGAAGGAUCGGUUGAAGCUGCUCGAGGGGUUCCUCGACGUCGAAAGCAUCUUGCUGCUGAAGCAGUGUGCGCGGGUGUUUUACCGGCACAAGUAUAAGCCACACGACGGGAUUCUGCGUUUCCAUAACUUCCGCGGCUACGACCCAAAGGUAGUCAUGGAGACGAUCCUGCCGCUGGCCUCGCGGUCCAUUCACCCCGCGAUCCGCGAGCGCGGCUUGACGCUCGACUUCAGCCACUGCACGCUGAUGAAGGACGUGAGCGUCGCGCGGCUGAUGGACGCAGUGCAUGGCGAGAAGGAGGAGAACCAGAUCUUAGGGAAUCUGAAGGCCCUCUGUCUCGACUUUUGCUACGAGAUCACCGACAAGGGCCUCUCUGCGAUGCUCACGACCUACCUGCCGCACCUUGAGCGCGUUUCAGUCCGCUGCGCGCGCAGCACCGAACUCACCUUUGUCAGCGUGAUGAACCACUUGAGCAGCGAGCGGUGGCCUAAACUGAUCUACUUCGACGCGAGCUUCACAAACAUCUGGCUAGAGGCCGCGACGGCGAUCGCCGACCAGCUCUUCAUGAACGCCGCGCGACUCACUGCGCUCCACAGGGAGGAAGAAGAGCACCGCCGCGCGCAAGAAGCCGCAGACAAAGAGGAGAAAACCAGGCAGAGACUCUUGCAGACCGCAGCGGCGGAGGCCGCAAACGACGCCGACUUCCCGCUAGCGGAGCAUGCGGUCGCCGAGGAGGGCGAGGACGCCCCCGCUCCCCAGGGCGAAGGCCAGCGGAUAGGAGGAGGCCCGGCUGCAUCAGAGCCCAAAGCGGUCGCAGGAGCGCAGUUCCCCGCGUCGCCCCUCGAGGCUGACAUGCAAUGCGUUGAGGAGGGGCGCGGGAGCAGCGCCGAAGGGCAGCUCGCGCCGGGAGAGAGAGAUAGCCGCCUGCAGAGUGGAAGAGAUUGCAGAGCGAGUGGCGGCUCGGACUUCUUUGUGACGCCGUCGCUGGAAAUCACCGGGUCAGUCGCCUCCAAGUCGCUGCUUUUGAAGGUGGGCAUGGAGAGUCACUACCGCGCCUUCUGCCAGGCCGUCAAGACGGGAGACUGGGAGACUGUCUCGCUCGUCACCAAGCGGAUUCAAAAGGAGCUGAGCGCCCUGGCCGCGACGACGCCGUAUAACAGCAGCCGCCUCAUUCUGUUGCAGCAGUUCCGCGGCAGCGAGCUCCUCGUGAACGCUCCGUUCACUGUCGAGACGACCGAAGAAGGCGGAGUGAACGUUCUCACGUUGCCUAUAUCCAUCGCGAUUCAGCGUACCGACACCGAAAUGCUCGGCGUGCUGCUGAAGCGAGGCGCGCAGAUCGAAGUCUGCGACUACUUGGGCAAGUCGCCGCUCUACCGCGCGUGCGAAGUUGGGCGGCGCGACAUCGUGGAGACUCUCCUCGUGGGAUACGGCGCGUCGCCGGAACCCGCAGACGUCCGCAGCGAGCUCUUUCCGCUCCACACGGCCGUUAAGAAACAGGAUGUUCAGAUUGUUAAACUGUUGUUGAAGCGCGGCGCGUCCCUAGACCUGAAGUGCCCGGCGGUGAAGUCCUACAAGAGUGCGCUCUUCGUUGCCUGCGAAGUGAACGCGCCGGAAAUCAUUCAACUCUGUCUCGAGGCUGGAGCGGAUCCCAACUGGAAAGGGCACAACUCGUACACACCGACGCUUCUCGCCUACCAGCUGAACAGCGCCUGGCUCCCGCACUUUUUAGACGCAGGGGCAGGGAACGCGAAGAACCGCCGCUGGGUGCUGACGGAAGUUCUCUCGUGCGCCAUCGCGAAAAACGAUCUCGUCGCAGUCGAGUUGCUCGUCCGCAAGUUCCCCGACUUGCUCGCACGAAAUCACCAACUCUGGAGUCGUCCGCUGAUCCAGGCGGCGAAGCAAGGCAAGGCAGACAUCAUCUCCGCGCUCCUGGCAGCGGGCAGCGCCGUGGACGUCAAGAAGGAGGACGGCCAGACGCCGCUGCUCGCAGCUGCCGAAGAAGAUUUCGUAGUUUGUGUCCAGCUGCUUCUCGACGCGGGCGCAGACAUUAACGGCGCGAACAACGCUGGUCUGUCGGCGCUCCAUUUGGCUUGCACGGAGAACCGGACCGAAGUUGUGAAGUUGCUGCUAAACCGCGGAUGCGACGUGAACAUUGGCGACAAGGCGAACGGCGAGACGCCGCUCAUGAUGUGUAUCCGCAUGCGUAACGAGAAAAUGGCGGUUCAGAUCCUCGAACUCGGCAAAAACCUCGACUUGGAAAAGAAGGAUCACCAGGGCAGCACGGCUCUUCUUUACGCGAUGUUCUUCGGGCAGUACCUCGUCGCGGGCAUGCUGAUGGAUCGUGGAGCCGACGUGACCGUCAGCGACCUCGCCGGCAACAGCGCAUACGCCAUCGUGAACGAGCGGCUGAUGACGCAGGGCGCAGACAAGCGUGUGUUGCGCAAGUUCCUGCGGCUAUACAAGAGUGCGCGCGAAGGCAAGCGCCCGCGAGCCGUCGCGGGGUUGUUGACAGACGCGGCGCCUGCGGACGAUUCGGCGGCGAGCGGCGCGGACAGCGGACCAGAUGGGGGUGGAGCCGGUCGGUCUUCGCGGCGCGAGACGUCGCGGACAAGCCGCCGCAAAAUCACGCUCUCCAUGGUGGGGUCGACCGUAGGGACGAUGGGUUCGUCGGUUUCAUCCGCCAUUCUGUCGAGUGGGAACGCCUCCACGCGGACGUCGAUUCUCAGCUCCGGUGUACGUACACCGCCGGCGGACGCAGACAGCCAGGCGUCGCGGGGCUUCGGCGCGAGUGCAGCGGCUGUGGCGGAAGAUGCGUCAGGCCCCCGUGGCAUGCAAAGCGCCGCCGAGGGUCAGGACAUGGACGUCGACGAGGAAGAUCGGGGCGCGGCGGCUCGCGCCAAGAGCAGCGCGCGCGGCGGUAAGAAGCUGAAGCUAGAACCCAAGAGUGUGCUGCAGGUCGCGAAGUUGCCGAUCGCGCUUUUUCGCGCCGCGAAAGCCAAAUAG